CACCAAACCAUGCUGCGUAACAUUCGGCAAGAGUUUUAUGUUAUUCGCUUGAAAAGUGCAAUACGACACUGCGUUAGAAACCAAAUAAUGUCUGCCCUACCCGCUGAAAGGUGUACUUUCUCUUUACCUUUUACUCACACGGGAAUCGAUUUUGCUGGACCAUUCGAAUUAAAGACGUCCAAAAUUCGAAACGCCAAACUACAAAAGGGUUAUGCUGCAAUUUUUGUUUGCUUAUCGACGCGUGCUGUUCACUUAGAGGCCUGUUCGGAUUUAUCGACUGAAGCUUUCCUCUCCACUUUUAAUCGCUUUGUAGGAAGAAGGGGUUUUCCUAAAAAGGUUUUUUCCGACAACGGAACUAACUUCAUAGGUGCAAAUAGAACCCUUGUGAGGGAGUUCAAGGAAUUUCUGAAAGCUUCUGAAAAAUCUGUUAUUGAGAAAUAUGGUAUGCACGGGUUUUCUUGGCACUUCAUACCGCCCCACGCUCCACAUAUGGGAGGCUUGUGGGAGGCGGCUGUGAAGAGUAUGAAAACACAUUUUCGAAAGGUUGCCUCGAACAUGAAGUUCACAUUUGAGGAGUUUUCCACCCUUUUAGUGCGAAUUGAGAGUGUACUGAACUCGCGACCACUGUCUCCUAUCAGCGAAGACCCCACUGAUCUUAUUCCACUGACUCCUGGCCACUUAAUUAGAGGGGCCGCUUUGAUGGCCAUACCUGAGGAAUACUCAGAUAAUUUAUCGUUGAUGAAUCGUUGGCAAAGACUGAAAACUUUGCAAAUACUGUUUGCUAAGAGGUGGAAAAAUGAAUAUGUAUCAGAAUUACAAAGAAGAUACAAAUGGAAGACUACUCAGCUUAAUUUGGAAAAAGACGAUUUUGUUGUCGUCAAAGAUGACAAUCUUCCCCCCACGGAGUGGUGUCUGGGAAGAGUAUUAAAAGUUUUCACUGGAAAAGACUCCAAGGUUCGUGUUGCGGAAAUACGCACACAGAAUGGAACACUUAUUCGUCCUUUAGUUAAACUAUGCAUUCUACCCAAAGCCUAGUCGUUAGCCUUAGUAAAACACGUUCACACACUCAAUAAAACUUACAUUCUAGCACAUCAUCUAGCGCACCAAAAUGUCGCAUUUGUAAAAAUCGACAUUACCUUAAAAAUUGCCCAGAGUUCCAGCGCAUGUUCGUGGCCAAAAGACGAGACGUAAUAAGAGAAAAGGGCUUCUGUUACAACUGCCUUGGCACAGCUCACACCCGGAACUGGUGCCCAUCCAGAAGCAAAUGCAUGGUGUGCCAGCUUAACCACCAUACCAUGGUUCACGUGGCUAAAUCACCCAACCCUAAGGCGGCAAGUCAACCCAGGGAAUCAUCCAACACUCACGAGUACCACCGAAGCCGAACUAGCUCCCAUAAACCAUCAUCAUCACGGACCAAAAAACAAUCGAACAAUAGGCAACGAAGUUCACCACAAAACAAGAGAACCAGCAACCAUAAGCCGCACUUUAAAGAACGGUUGAGCCGACGUUCUAGAGUUCAUGUGUUUUUGCCUACGGCUCUAGCUCGUGUUCGAACCUCUGAAGGCCCGGCAAAGGCCAGAUUACUACUGAGUUCAGGCGAAGUUCAGACGGUGAUACUCCAGGCCCUGGUAGACAGAUUGAAUCUUCAAACGAUAAAAAGGGACAGUAAGACUUACUGUACCCUAAAUUUAGAAUCUUACCAUGAUCCGAUGGUAAAAAUUCAAGUAACCGGCCUUGUUCACUCCCGUUUCCAUACAACUCUUCCAACAACUACAACGGCAGCAAAACUUCGUACAAUUUAUGACACCCUGCAUGACUUAGCCGAUCCACACUUCUGCAAUCCAUCAAAUGUCGAAAUUCUGCUGGCCAACGAUAAUUUACCAAAAAUAUUAAGAGCUGGAAUGAUUCAAACGUCCUCAAAUAUGCCGAUAGCUCAAAGCACCAUCUUUGGGUGGAUCAUCUCUGGAGCUUGCCAUUAUUAAAUUGCAUUCCUGCAAGGCGGGCGGCAUGUUGAACCCAGUUCAACAACAAUCUUUGCCGUUCUCCAAAAUCUGCCCCAUUUUAGUCAUAAGAACAUGAAUUAAAUGAAAUUAUUAAAAUAUGAACUUUUUCAUGACCCUUAACAUAAAUACCAAUAUAUGAAUUAAUAUUUGCAAUAUGGCAACCCUAGCCAUGUUAACUAUUGUACUAAAUUUAAACACACAUAGCUGUCUUCUUCUAACUUUAAAUUAUAUUGCUGAAAUACAUUUUUUAAUGUUAA